AUGAAGCAGGGCAACUUACAGCCGGGCUUUUCCCAAGAUGGGACAACCCCACAAACAUUGGGCCCUCUUAGCAGUGUAACUGAAAGCCCACCCCAGAAUUUUUUGUCCACAAAGGGGAACGUUCUCUUCCUUGCGCUUAUGGUUGUUUUCGUCGUCAUGCAGUGCUUUGCAGUGCUCUACCGGCGCAGUUACGAGCGAAAGCAAAGGAAUAGCAAGGGCAUCCCAUUUAGGGAGCUGGCAGAAGGUGGCAAAGAAACAUGUUCUGAGGUGUGUCGUGUUUACUGGCCGGCCGGAUGGGGGACGCGAUUUCUGCAUGCCUCUCUGGACAACUGCAAAUGCGCUCCCGCUGUGCAGGGAAGUGAUGCACAAAUGAACCGAGCUUGGUUGGGUCGUAGGAGCAUGGCUCUCUCAGCUUUGAGGUGUGCGGGUCGCCGCACGAUGCCGCCUUUGGAUGCGCGGGACGUCGUCUUGCUGGGUGAAGUUGCUUUUCGUAACUCCUCUGUCCGGCAGUCAGGAUUGCUCGUGCCGCUGAAUGAGGGCUCCAAGCGUCAACGCAGAGACUUAGGGAGCGAGCAUCUGAAUCUCUGGUGA